AUGAAAAGAAGGAGUAAGGGAAAGAAGGGUACUAUUGAACUACAGCUUGACAUGUGCAAAUCAUAUGAUAGAGUUGAGUGGUAUUUUAUCUCUUCCGGUCAAAUGAUAAACUAUGAUAAAAGUGAAGCCUCUUUCAGUAUAGGUGUGUACUCAGCCCGCCAAGGGCCUUUGUUGAACAUUCUGCAUAUGAGGUUAGUUGACUCCCACGGAAAAUACUUGGGCAUCCCUACGAUUGUAGAAAGGUCUAAAAAAUCCGUGUUUGCGGCCCUUAAAGACCGUAUAUGGAAGAAAUUACAAGGGUCGAAAGAGAAUAUCCUCUCAAGAGCGGGGAAAGAAGUUCUUAUCAAGUCCUUCAUUCAAGCUAUUCCAACAUACGCCACAUACCUCAUGGGGGUUUAUAAGCUCCCUCUUGGUGUUAUAAGUGACAUUCAAGCUAUUGUUGCUCGCUUUUGGUGGGGUAACUCUAUCUCCAAGUGGAAAGUUCACUAG